AUGUCUACCUUUAGGACCGAUUACCGAGUCGAAUUUUGGCGACCGAUCAAAGCCGGUGACAAAAUUAGUGAGCUGCGAGAAUUUUAUAUUGGACAAGCCGUCGACAUCGACUUUUUCAAUUGGAAAGAGGAAGGUGUUAUCUCACGCGCGGGGUUGACCACACAAUCCUCUGGCACAUUGCACAUAUCCAUAACGAAUAUUGUGCAACGGCGAGACUACAUGACACGUGAGACGUUGAAUCAGAUGAAAUAUGGAGCUAUGUUUGGAAGAAUGGGGAUGAGAUCGGAUCUCUACUGGCGCAUCAUGAAAGUUCUAAUGGAAUUCGAGGAAGCCAAACGUCAACUUUUGAAUGUACGGGGAACCCGAUAA